AUGACCGAAUUAGAAAACCCCGAUAAGCCUACGCAGUCCGACAAACCCAGCAAGGUCGAAGGGUUUGCCGUUGUACAACAGUCUACGGAACUAGUCGAGAUUACUAGGGUUGAGAAGCCUGAUGACACUAAAAAGCCUGCUGAACCAGAAGAGACAGAUAGACGAAGAGAGCGCCGUGAGCCGCAAGACAUGUCAGAGUCGGAAGACAUGUCAGAACCGAGAGUGUCUAUGAAAGACGAUAGGCCUGUUAGACCACAAAAGUCUGGUAAAACUCACAAGUCUGACAAAGCUCACAAGUGUGACAAAGCUCACAAGUGUGACAAAACUCACAAGUCUGGGAAAACUGAAAGAUCUGGCAAGUGCGGCAAGUCUGAAAAGACCAAACGAUCCAGCAAGGCUAGGCACCCUGGAUUCUUUGACUCGAUCCGUACGGCAGCAACAAAAAAGUUUAUCAGGGAUGAAGAGUCAAGACUGAAAAGCACCAAUUCCAAGCUCGAUGAGAAGAAGACAAAGCAGGAAGAUCUCAAGGAGAAAAAGCUUCAAGAACCAAGGCUGAAAUUGACAAGCUCGACAAAGAAAUAA